AUGGCUGAAGCUCAUCAAAAGGCGCACGGUUCAAAAGAGGAUGCCAGUGCCUUCUUUGAAACACUAGCAACAGAUAACAAUACAGCAGCCGCAGUCGGUUCUCCGCCUCGGCAACAACAAGAGAGAAACCCAAACCAAGCCCAGCAGCCAGAGGUGGCAAACAAUGAAGACGAAGAAAUGCAGCAGCUUGGGCAAAAUCAUGACAACAACAACGAUUUUUCCACUGAUUUGGUCGGUGAUAGUGACCUAUCCGAGGGAAGCUCUGACAAGGACCUUGAUUCUGCCGAAUAUGGAGGAGCAUGA